AUGUUGAGGUAUUUUAAGAAAAUACGAGAUGAACCUAUUUCAAACAAGUCAUCUCCCCCUCCACCACCUCCUCCUCCUCCGCCUCCUCCACCAGCUCCUCUUGAUGCUGACUCAAAUGAGUAUCCUAGUGAUCCUGGGCUAAGAAAGCACAUUCUUGAGUAUAAUGUUAAUGAAAGGGAGAUUGUUCGACAUUACUAUUUGCAAAAAGGUCCUUUUCAGCCUAAAAAUCAUGAAUUUCCUUGGCGUUCUUGUCCCAAAGAGAAACGAAGAUUUCGAGCUAUAUGGUUUAGUCUUCAUCCUAAUUGGCUAGAAUACAGCAUUGCAAAAGAUGCGACUUUUUAUCUUUAUUGCUAUUUAUUUAAAGCGGAUCAUGGUGGUCAAAAUGGUGGUGAUUCUUUUGUUACUAAGGGAUUUAAAAAUUGGAGAAAGAAAGAAAAAUAUAAUGAACAUGUUGGAAACCAGAGCAACCUUCACAACAAGUGCAUGAUGGUGGCUUAUGAUUUAAUAAAUCAAAAACAACAUAUUGAAACUUGUUUGGUCAAUCAGUCUAGUCAAGUAGCUAUCGAUUAUCGUGUUCGUUUGACAGCAUCAAUUGAUUGCAUAAGAUUUCUUGAUAUCAAUAGAGUUGCACUAGACAAUGCUCCCUCAAAUCUCAAAUUGACAUCGCCUGAUAUUCAGAAAGAUAUUAUCAGAUCCAUUGCUUAUUUAACCACUAAUUCUAUUCUUGGAGAUCUUGGUGAUGAAUUAUUUACUAUAUUGGUUGAUGAGGCUCAUGAUAUAUCUGUUAAAGAACAAAUGGCAGUUGCUUUAUGGUUUGUAGAUGAAAGGGGAAAUAUUGUUGAGCACUUUCUAGGCAUUGUACAUGUAAGCGACACUACUGCCUUAUCACUUAAAACUGCUAUUAAUUCUUUGUUGUGCCAACAUGGAUUAUCUAUAUCUAAUUUGCGGGGGCAAGGAUACGAUGGAGCUAGCAAUAUGAGAGGAGAAUUCAAUGGCUUAAAAAGCUUAAUUAUGAUGGAGAACCCUUUUGCUUAUUAUGUUCAUUGUUUUGCUCAUCAACUGCAACUUACACUUGUAGCUGUUGCUGAAAAUCAUAUAAGAAUUUCUACUUUUUUUGAUGUGGUUGCACAAUUGAACAAUAUUGUUGGAGCGUCAUGCAAGCGAAGAGAUAUAAUUCAGGAGGGAAAAUAUCACAAGCAAAGGGCACAAGCAAAUAAUCUGUUGGAAUUGAUUGGAAAAUAUGAAUUUAUAUUUCAGAUGCACUUAAUGAAGAAUAUCUUGGGAGUCACGAAUGAUUUGUCGCAAGCUUUACAAAGAGGAGAUCAAGACAUUGUAAAUGUCAUGAUUCUUGUAAGAUCAAGCAAACAUCAACUGCAAACUAUAAGAGAUGAUGGUUGGGAUUUGUUACUGAAUGAAGAGUUGAACAGUCGCUUUAACGAGGUGAACACGGAGUUGUUGUUGUGUAUGAGUUGUCUUGAUCCAUCAAAUUCAUUCUCUGCUUAUGAUAAGAGAAAAUUACUUCAGUUUGCUCAGUUUUAUCUAUCCAAUUUCCCCCUAAUGGAGUUAAUGCAUCUUGAGCCCCAACUUGAUAACUUUAUUUUUGAUAUGCGGAGUAGCAAUCAAUUCUUUGAGGUUGUGGGGAUUAGCCAGCUUGUUAAAAGGACGAGAGUGUUUUCAGCAAUGAAAAUAAUCAAAACCUCACUUCGAAAUCGGUUGGGAGAUGAUAUGGCGGUCGCGUCCCUCCUUGGAUUGGCGAAGGUGGCACGGGCGAUGCUUGCGGACUUCGAGGCGGCAAUUAUGCUAGUUGUUCUAGGUCUGCUGUGUCCGAGAAUUGUGCUCGCUAACAUCUUCAUCGACUUCCCGUUUCAUGCACCAUAUCCUCUGCCAAAGUCCCUAUUUGACGCAAUGACGGUGGCAACAUCGUCGGUGUUUGUGUCUUCCUCCCCACCUCCACCGUCUACUCCUUAG